AUGGCCCGAUCGUCACCCCUCAGUCCGGAUGGCCAAUUCCCCAUCGUCCUGGUCCCGGAUAAUGAAGGGAGCGAGGACGAGGGGACAGUCACCGAGUCGGACACAGAACAAACCGAGUCGUACAGGCACAGGAGGAAGUUGGACCACCACCGGGACGAACGACAGCAACAGCAGCAGCCACCGCAGCCACAGCCGCAACCGCGACCACCACCAGCGCCCCGUCAUCCCAUUCCGUCCAUGCAAGAAGCCUUUGCAGAAUCCCUAUUCGAAGCCACCCAGGGUGGUGCGACCACAAAACCAAAGCUGCGUACCGGCGACGCCAAAACCCGUCGGGAACAGCUGUUGGAGCAAGGCAAGUCGGCCGAAGCCCCAGCGGCCCAAUGGCGCUAUCGUCCGGGGCAACAAACGCACGAGCUGCGUCGGCUGAUGUCGCAAAUUUCCUUUGGCGUUUAUCUUUUGCUCAACGGGAUGGCGAAUAGUCAAAUGUCUGUCGUGGCGAUUCUUCAGGGCCAUAUCGACGAGGUGGAUGAGUUUUUGGAGACGAUCCUAGAGGAUAUUGGCCUAGCAACGAAAGAUUUGAGCGAGCGCAUCAUCCAUUUGAGGUUGCCAAUGGAUAACAUCGAGGUCUUCGAACGGAUGCUGGAGGAUCGCAACUUUCGGCUUAGGAUAAUCGAAGGAAACGAGAAGAUCGAGCAUAUUGUAGCCCGGACACAGGUCGCUCUCCAACAGAUCAUGAAUGACAUUACCGAAGGACUGGAGUCUACGAGGGACUUCACCAUUUAUCUGGCGGAGCAGCAGCACGGUCGCUGGAGGAAAGAGCGCCCAGACGUAAUCGACAUAUUUGAUGCAAUGAAGGGAAAUACCGAUGGGUGGUUUCAAGCGUUUAUGGAUCUGGAAGAGAAGGGCAACGCUUUAAAUAAGGUUAUUGUCCAGUUGAUUGGCAUCAUUUCCGAGAUGGAGCGGAGAGCGGGUGAAGUGAGCCGAAAGACACGAUUCACCAUCGAGCCUUUCACAUCACCACGUCACAGCCCCCAUGCUUCCGACGCAUCCUCCGUCACUACACCCCCGACGUCUCCUAUCGCUAAGACUCCAAACACGCCUCCUCGGUUAUCGUUGCGGCUCAGUUCGAUAGUAGAAGGAAAGCAGUCGUCGCCAACCUCGUACUUCGAUCUGAAGAUUACUAGAACAUCUACACAUUCAACGUCAAUGGACAUCCCAUCGACAGCCCCAACAAAUGAGAUUGCAGAAGAGAAAAUCACAGUGGAAGAUAGCAGGUCUUCAUCGGAACUAGAACUGCCCAUACAGUCUCCGCCCCCACCAGCCCGGAACCCCCGGCGGCUUUCUAAGGCCGCCCCUCCCCAACUUGCGCCAUCUCAGCUUGAGACAGCUCCCGAGAUAAAGGAUGAAAUCAAAGAGGAGGAGGAGGAGGAGGAGGAAGAAGAAGAAGAAGAGCCGGUUUACCUCCUUCAACCCAAAACGUAUACACCACAGACAUCGCCUCUUCCAUCUCCUCGCGUUUUCGACCGCCCGAAGCAGAAAGAUGAACCCGUCAGCCACAAGCCGGAAUCGCCGGUGCCCACCAUUGAAAAGCCGAAGGAACCGACGCUGGAGGCGAAGGUGUGUACUAAAGAACCGACACUCGAGGCAAAGGCGUACAAGCAGGAGCCGAAACUGGAGGCUAAAGUGUUCAGUCUGGAGCCAACAUUGGAGGCAAAGGUGUAUAAUCCACCAAACCCUCAGCUUAGACCGCAGCCUUCGAAGGAGCUCAGGUCACAACCCUCGAAGCCAAAGUUGGCUCAGGUUGAUACACGAUAUUCAAGACCACCAUCAAAUCAAGCUCGCAGGAUAUCGCCAGACUCGCUGCCAGAGGUAGUAGUCCAUCCGGAGCAAAGAAGCUCGUUCAGACAACGAGUUUCACAGAAGAGUACACCACCGGACUCGAUACAUAUACCUCGACCGGAUUCGCCAGAAUAUCGAGACUCGUUACUCCCAUUGUCUAGAGCAUACCAGGCAUCAGACUCUGCUUACGGAUCGGAUAUGGAGCGACCGCCAGUCAACUCGAUCGCCUCCUUUGAUACAGUUUCCGACUUCCCGCCGCCGCCACCACUCAUGCACCCCGGUUUUGUUUCCUCCCUCACUCCGAAAGUGGGAUGCAGUUCUGGCGCCCCGUUCAGGCAAGCCCCCCACUCUCCUCUGCAACAAAGACCGCACACGUCAGGAACCCAAUACAGCGCGCAGGGCAAUCGCAGUCCCCAUAUCAGUCGCCAUACCAAUCCCCUCAACAACACAGUCAGCUUCACCAGGUGCCGCCACGGAACCUUCCUUCUGCUAUGGGCAUGA